UUUUCACUUUUUCGAAGACGCGAAGACCGCAUCGACAAAGUAUUUUUAAUAAUCCGCGAAUCACCAAAAAUUGUCUUUUUAUUAAACAAUUUUUACAAUUAAAUAUUUUUAAGUAUUAAUUUAAUCACGUAAUUCCACAAAAAAAAAAUACAAAAAUGACUUCACCAGUUACUCUGGACGAUUAUAAAUUGUCCUGUGAAUUGCAUGGUCAUAGCAAUGAUGUACGUUCUGUUUCGCCGGCUACUGGCGAAAAUAUUAUUUCUGGAUCACGCGAUAAAACAGCAAAAAUAUGGAAAAAAUCUGGAGAUGACGAAUAUAUCGAAGGUGUAACCUUACGAGAUCAUUCAAAUUUUGUGUCGUGUGUGUAUUAUCUUGAAGCUGAAGGACUUAUUUGUACUGGCAGCAAUGAUGCAACUAUCUGUGUUUACAAAGAGGAUGGUUAUGUUCCCGCGUGCGUCUUGAAGGGACACGACUCGACUGUUUGUUCGAUUAGCAAAGGAGUCGAGUCGAUGAGUAUUGUUUCAGGAAGUUGGGACAAAACUGCUCGUAUUUGGACCAUUGACGAGUCUGGUCUAUCUUGCGCUGUGGUUUUAAAAGGCCACGAAAGCGCUGUCUGGGCUGUGAUAUCUUUACCAAACAAACAAUUUGUAACAGGGUCGGCAGACAAGACUAUUGUCUAUUGGAAUGCUGCUGGGGAACGUUUAAAAGUCUUACAAGGACACACCGAUUGUGUUCGUGGUUUGGCUAGCCUUGGCGAUGGAUCUUUAGUCAGUUGUGCCAAUGAUGCAGUCAUUCGGUAUUGGAACGAGGAUGGCGAAUGUGUCCGGGAACUUUGCGGUCAUUCGAAUUACAUUUAUUCUAUUGCACAAAACCUUGCUCUUGGGCGAGAUGUUGUUGUUUCAGGUGGAGAAGAUAGCACACUGCGUAUGUGGAGUAUUAACUCUGGGGAAUUGGGUCGGCCUAUUAUUCAUCCAACCCAAUCCGUGUGGUCUGUAGCAUGUCUUAAAAAUGGCGACAUUGUCACUGGCAGCAGUGAUGGAGUCGUCAGGGUGUUUACUAGAGAUACUUCCCGAUAUGCAAGUGAAGCUGUCCUCACUGCAUUUAAUGAAGCUGUCAAAGUUCGAGCCGAAAAGAUGAAUGAGGAACUUGGAGAUAUGAAGAAAACAGAUUUACCUGGAGUCAAUUCUCUGUUAAUCGAUGGUACAGCUGACGGACAAAAGAAAAUUUGUCGCCACCCGGAUGGCUCCGUAAAAUGUUACAUUUGGGAAAAUAGCAAAUGGAAUCUAGUUGGAGAUGUUACAGGCGCAACUGGAGGUCCUUCAGCUUCAAAGAAACAAUUUGAAGGAAAGAGCUACGACUAUGUGUUCUCUGUUGAUAUCUCCGACGACGCACCACCCCUCAAUUUACCCUACAAUCGUGGUGAGGACCCAUGGCAAGUGGCACAAACAUUUAUCCACAAAAACGAACUACCCCAAGCAUAUCUUGAUGAAGUUGCAAAUUUCAUUGUGAAAAAUGCAAAAAGUAGCGAUGUUCCUUCUGAACCACAACCAUCAGUUAGCGGCUAUCAAGAUCCAUUUACUGGAGGCUCAAGAUAUGUUCCCGGUUCAGCUGCAAACAGUACAUCAGCUGGUGGAAAUGUUGAUCCAUUCACUGGAGCUUCAAGUUAUUCAACUCAAGCUCCAGCUAAAGUUCAAGUUAAUUUUAGCUCAGGCAAACAUUUUCCGGUGACCCAGUUUUUAACUUUCGACAAGUGUGACCCGCAAAAGGUCUUGGAAAAAUUGAGAGAAUUCAAUCAAAAGCAAGUUGAAGGAACAGGAGUUAGCGAUAAUCUUUUAGAAACUGUCGUUCGAUUAGCCGCUGAUGUUCCUGAAAUCGAUAAGACUGCAAUCGAAGCUCUGCGUCAUCUGCUCCGAUGGCCCAGCGACAUACUCUUCCCUGUCCUUGACAUUACCCGUUUAGCCAUUCGAAAUGAACAAAUAUUCAAUUUCCUCAAUUCUUUCAAAUUCCUUGAGAUUAUUUUACCCAAUCUGAAUACAUCGGCACCCAAUCAACUUAUGAUCAUUCGGUGUCUCGCCAACAUGAUGAAUCAUCCUAGCGGUCGUCAGCAAGUCGAGUCAUGUCUAGAGCCAACAAUUGAAAUCGUCAAAGGCAUUAAAUCAGGCAGUGCCAAUCUUCAAAUUGCAAUAGCGACAUUCUAUCUGAACGCCACCAUAUCGCAGAAUCAAGCUGCUGCCAAUAGCGACAUGUGUCGCCUCAUCACCGAGGGCAUCAUCGAGUUGCUAACCUGGUCGAAUGACUUGGAAGCAUGCUACCGGUCGAUUCAGGCAAUUGGCAAUCUCACAACGACAAUCCAUGGGCCACUGAGCAGUGUCCAAAUAAUAUCCGUAGACUCGGUCAUGGACAAAAUUCGAGUCUUCGCAGAACACCCUCAAACAGCUGGAUUCGAGAAGCUACAAGCAGCUUCUAAAGCUCUUUUAGCUGCUUUCUGAACAAAAGAACAAAACAAAAAAAAAAUGAAAGAAAAACGAAAAUUUAUGUUAAAUAUUUUAUUUUAAUUGUAACACUUAUGGGGACUUAUUAACACUUUGUUAUUAUUCGGAACAGUUGGCUUCUGUGAGAUGGACACUCAUAAUAUUGUGAAUAAAAAACUACUUAUGAUGUUCUACGA